AAACCAUUUUGUAUAUUAGGUUCCCAGGUUCUGGUGUAUCCAAUAAUUUGUGGAAAGUCAGCGAAGGUGGUUCUUGUUGUAAAUUUGAAAGGAGCUGAAUGGGUGGAGAGGGACGACAAUACGUGUUGGGUUGAGCACAAAUAUUGGUUCAGACUUCAGAAGCCAAACAAAAGGCAUAAUUAGAGGAGCCCAUUUCUGAUCAAGUGCAUAUCUCGGUGCUUCUGAUCUUGUUGCAGUUUAGAUUCUAUAGAAGAGCCUGGGAAAUUCUGGCACCUUGGUCACUCGAAUCCUUCUUCCCAAGUAUUGUCUACUAAUUGGCAAUGGGGGCUGUAGUAGGGAAAAACGAAAGCCCUAGAAGUCUUCUGAUAACUGAAACGAAGCUGGAAGCCAAAAUGGUUGAAGCUAUGCAGCGAAGAGCCGCUAAAGGAAGUGUCAUGAAAUCAUUCAACAACUUAAUCUUGAAGUUUCCAAAGAUUGAUGAAAGCUUAAGAAAUUGCAGAGAUAUUUUCCAGCAGUUUGAUGAGGAUUCAAAUGGCGCAAUUGAUCAUGAUGAAUUGAAAAGAGCUUUUUCAAAACUAGAAGUCUCGUUCACAGAUGAGGAAAUCGACGAUUUGUUUGCAGCAUGCGAUAUUAAUGAGGAUAUGGGAAUUAAGUUUAAUGAGUUCAUUGUUCUUAUUUGCGUGGUCUUUCUUCUGAAGGAUGAUCAGAAUGCUGGUCAAAAAAAAGUGGAUAUGGGAAUGCCAAAGCUGCAGGCCACAUUUGAAACAUUGGUGGAUGCAUUUGUGUUCUUGGACAAGAACAAGGAUGGUUAUGUCAGCAAGAGUGAAAUGAUUCAGGCAAUUAAUGAAACUACAACAGGAGAACGCUCCUCUGGGCGGAUAGCCAUGAAAAGAUUUGAAGAGAUGGACUGGGAUAGAAAUGGAAUGGUGAACUUCAAGGAGUUCCUUUUUGCAUUCACUCGAUGGAUUGGAAUUGACGAUCUUGAUGAUGAGGAUGAAAUCUAAAGAUGAGAAGAAGAUUUGAUUUGGCACUUUCUGGAGUUUCCUAUACUUUACCAUGGCUGGUGUUAUAGAGCAAUAGAGGUAGCUCCUCUGUCGGAUCUACUUUUACAAUAACAGCCAAGUCGUUAUUCAGCAUAUGAAACGAUAUGAUCAUUUCAUCCUUUCUUUGAGAUCAGUGUAAAUAGUUUGUGAUGGACUUAUUCCAAUUCUCUUGCUGUUAAACAAGUUCUUGUUUCAGCUCAUACUUGCUGAAAUGCAAUAUGUAGAAGAAUCUUCUCUC